CCCACUCCACUCCCAGUGUUUCAAUUAUUGAUUACACACAAAUCUUCCCUCCCUGUUCAUUUCAUCCGUACGCCUUUACCUCUCCUCUUAUUCCGAACAAAAAAAGCAUGUGUGUAUGUGUGUGAGACACUUUCUGCCUUCUUUGUACUUCUUAUUCAGCACUGCAGCAGAAUAGAACUGCAGAGUAAGAUCCACCCAAUGUGCUAGUCUUCCCUAUUUGGUGGCCCAUUCAGCACUGAGAAGAGGACAGCUCCCCGCACUGAGAAAUCCUGUACUGCUGCGAAUGAGCGGAUAGGAGCAGGUGGACGAGAUGCAUACUUCAAAUUUGGUGUAAUACAUCAACUGUGUAAUAGAAUAGGCACCUAAUCUAUCACCCACAGAAGUCUGCAGCCAUUUGUGGAAUAUUAAGUGAUCCUACACAAUGGAAGAUAACUACAGAGACAGGACUUCACUAGUGAAAGGUGCAAAAGACAUAGCUAGGGAAGCAAAGAGACACACAGCCAAAACUGCACAUAAACCAAGAGAAGUAGAGCAUGAUGGAUAUGUUCACAGAGUCCAAGAUCACUUCCCAGAUGAAGAGGAGUACUAUACGCAUGGCAAUUACAAUGAAGAAGGCAACGAUGAUGAAGGCUCCAGUGAAGCAACAGAAGGACAUGAUGACGAUGAUGAAAUAUAUGAUGGGGAGUAUCAAGGAAUUCCUGGUCAAGGAAAAGAUGGCAUGGUGGCUCUAGGGCAGCCCAUUCCUGAUGAGUACAAGGCUCGCCAUGAGCUAGAGAGUGAACGGAAAGCUGACGAAGAAGAGUUGGCACAGCAAUAUGAACUCAUUAUUCAAGAAUGUGGGCAUGGCCGCUUUCAGUGGACCCUCUUCUUUGUGCUUGGCAUGGCUUUAAUGGCUGACGGAGUUGAGGUGUUCGUAGUUGGAUUUGUGCUGCCCAGUGCAGAAACCGAUAUGUGUAUACCAGAUUCUGGCUCAGGCUGGCUCGGUAGUAUAGUGUACCUGGGAAUGAUGGUUGGAGCAUUCUUCUGGGGAGGCCUAGCAGAUAAAGUGGGGCGGAAGCAAUCUCUCCUGAUCUGCAUGUCUGUCAAUGGAUUUUUCGCCUUCCUUUCCUCAUUUGUCCAAGGCUAUGGAUUAUUUCUACUCUGCCGAUUGCUUUCUGGAUUUGGGAUUGGUGGAGCCCUUCCAACUGCAUUUUCCUAUUUUUCGGAAGUUCUUGCAAGAGAAAAGCGAGGAGAACAUCUCAGUUGGUUGUGUAUGUUUUGGAUGAUUGGGGGAAUAUAUGCAUCAGCCAUGGCGUGGGCCAUAAUUCCACAUUAUGGAUGGAGUUUUAGUAUGGGAUCAGCCUAUCAAUUCCACAGCUGGAGAGUUUUUGUCAUUGUAUGUGCACUACCCUGUGUCUCUGCGGUUGUGGCUCUCACAUUUAUGCCAGAAAGUCCACGAUUUCUAUUAGAGAUUGGAAAACAUGAUGAAGCCUGGAUGAUCUUGAAACAAAUUCAUGACACAAACAUGAGGGCUCGCGGACAACCGGAGAAAGUAUUUACGGUCCAUAGAAUCAAGACUCCAAAACAAAUAGAUGAGCUUAUUGAAAUUGAGACAGACACAGGAACUUGGUACAGAAGAGGCUUUGUAAGAGUUCGCACCGAACUGUAUGGUAUCUGGUUAACGUUCAUGAGAUGCUUUGAUUAUCCUGUCAAAGAAAACACCAUCAAGCUGACAAUAGUUUGGCUCACGCUGUCUUUUGGCUACUAUGGGUUAUCCGUCUGGUUCUCGGACGUCAUUAGACACCUGCAGGCCGAUGAAUAUGCAUUGAGAGUCAAAUAUUUCAAUGGAGAAAAUAUUUCAAACUACAAUUUCAACUUUACUUUGGAAAAUCAAAUCCAUAAAAGUGGAGAAUUCAUCAAUGACAAGUUCACUUCAAUGAAGUUUAAGUCUGUAGUGUUUCAAGAUUCUUUGUUCGAAAGAUGUUACUUUGAAGAUGUGACGUCACUGAACACCUACUUUCGGAAUUGCACUUUCAUACAGUCACAUUUUGUAAACACAGACCUUGAAAAAUACAAGUUCACUGAUAGCGAAUUGGUAAACUGCACAUUUCAGGAUCCAAAGGUGGGAUGUCAGAUCACAUUUGAUGAUGACUACAGUGCCUACUGGAUCUAUUUUGUGAAUUUCUUGGGAACACUUGCUGUCCUUCCAGGCAACAUUGUGUCGGCUCUUUUGAUGGACAAAAUCGGCAGAUUGACAAUGCUGGGGGGUUCUAUGGUGCUCUCUGGCAUUAGCUGUUUCUUCCUCUGGUUCGGUACCAGUGAGUCCAUGAUGGUGGGAAUGUUGUGUGUCUACAAUGGUCUUACAAUUUCUGCUUGGAAUUCUUUGGACGUAGUGACUGUGGAGCUGUACCCAACAGACAAGAGAUCUACAGGUUUCGGCUUUUUGAAUGCACUAUGUAAGGCGGCAGCAGUUCUCGGAAACUUAAUAUUCGGUUCACUUGUGGGAAUCACUAAAGCCAUACCUAUUCUUCUAGCCUCAGCCGUCCUUGUAUGUGGAGGUCUGGUGGGACUUCGGCUGCCAGACACAAGAAACCAGGUGUUGAUGUAAAUGGGAUCAAAAGCCAUUUCGGAUACAAUUAUUUUUUGUAUUCCCUGAAAAAAACAAAAGCAAAAAACAAAAAAAGGAUAAAAUACUCAACAUUUCAUUGAGAAGCCAGAACACAUCUUGUUAACACAAUGUACUGUAGAUGUCUUUGCUGUGCUGUGUGUGUAGAACUAGCGUUUUCCAAAUGAUUUUCAUUUAUUUUGCUUCUUCCAUAGCGUUUACAUUGGAUGAUGCUUUUUAUUUCCUACGUGUUUGGUUUUGGUUGGUCAGUUCAACAUUGGCCGAGUUAAAUGCACUCAGAAACCAGGCGCUUAUACUGAGCAAGUUAUAAGACCACAGGAAUAAUGCCAAAGAUCAGUCCAAAACAUGGUUCUACCAGUUGUGUCUCAUCAAAAUAAUGUCUGUGCCUGUAUGUUUUUCUGCCCAUUCAGAAUUACUUGUGUCCAAAUAUCACAGCAAGUAUUAUAUAAGCUAUAAUCAUUAUUGUUUCAAUACUUAAUACACAUAAUACACAAAUGAGUGACCCUAUAUAUUCUAAUCUGUGGCCAAUCUGAAGCAAAGAUAAGCAGCCAUGUGCCAUAAAUGGAUAUUUCUAUAUUUAGAGCAGUAAGGCUGGCCCUGAGUGAAAAUGUUUAAUACAUAAGAGUAUAAUCCCUACUUCCCACCAAGAACUUUAUAUUUGCAAAGGCAACAACCCACAGGGCCUCUUGCAUCUGGGAUAUGAUUGGCUGUUAUGAGCUCUCAUAGAUGAGGCUUACAAUAUAUCAAACUUGUACUUAUACAUAUUUUAAAAAAAUGAAUACAAAAAAAUAAAAAUAAAUAUAUAUAUAUAUAUAUAUAUAUAUAUAUAUAUAUGAAAAGUGUAUAAAGAUGUUGAAAGUUGAGACAAAGGAAAGUAGACACCAAGGUGUAACUUAUACUGCAAAAUGUUGAACGCUGCUUUAAAGGGGUUGUCCCAAAUGUAAAAGUUGUCCCCUAUCCACAAGAUAAUAAUAAUUACAAGCUGAUCAGUUGGGGUCCAGCACGAAUACUCGUCCAUCACUUUAUUCACUCUCUAUGGCACUUCCAGACAUUGCCAAGCACUGAACUUUAAGGGGAACUAAGCUGCAGUAACCCAGAUUGGCCACUACGCAAUGUAUGGAGCAUUGCAGUUCAGGCUCUGUUCACUGCACAUGUCGGCACCAGUGCUCGGCACUCCACCUAUCUGAUAUUCAUGAUCCCUGCUAAACAUAGGUGGUAAGUCACCAGCAUGUACCGUCCCUUUAUACUAUUUCUACAAUAGGUUACAUAUUAUGAAAUAUAUUAUGCAAUAUCUAUUUAUGCAAUCUAUUUAAAUUACAAGCUAGAGUUAUUAAUAUAAAUAGUUUCUUAUUACUUUAUAUUUAAAACUAUAUAAAAAAAAAUUAAAUAAGCUGCUUUCAUUGGGUGUGCAUAAAAAAGAUCUCUCUCUAUAUCUUAUAGUAUUUUUCUGAUUUGGACCUGUAAAUCCCCUGUAAAUAUUUAACAUGUAUGAUGUAGGAUUUUUUCACUUGCUUUGGCCGUGUAAAGGAAACCAUGAUAUUUAGAGGUCUGGAUAAAAUAUGUAAGCCAGGUUGCUCCUGCUUCCAGAUAUACUGGAUAAUAACACAUAAUGUAAAUGCCUACAAAAGUUUCCCUUUAUCUCUUGCCAUACCCACAGUACAGACCAUCAAUGUCUGAUAGGUGGUGGUCCUACCUCUAUGACCAGCAGCACCAGUGGCCACAUCCAGUUAGUCCUUGACUGGAUGUGGCCACCUUUAGCUUCCAAAGUUAGGAACCCCAGCCUAUCAGACAUUUGUCAUACCUCUGGGAGCAAAGCAGGAACAAAGCCUGCUUUGUUCCCGGAGGUAUGUCCGCUGUUUAAUGCUGUUUACCUAGCGUGGAGUGGCUGCAGAGACCUUGUCUUCCUUCGCAUGUUACCCCAUGGUUGUACUUGGAUUGGAGUACAACCGCUCAUGGUAAGCACAAUCCACACUGAGCGUUACCAUAUACUGAGGGUAAUACACAGAUGAGCACAUCCUGUUCUUUUGCUUUUCAGUUAUCAGACAUUUUGGCAAGGUAACGGUAAAGAUAGGAAUCCCUUUUAAUAUCAAAUAAGGUUUCCAAGAUGACAUAAUAUUUAAAAAAUGAAAUAAAUAACUAAACCCCCAUAUUCUCCACCACCAUUUUGUUCUUGCUGGCUGCUCUCCAUUGGCUGCAUCCAUUGUAAACAUUGACCACAACAUGAUGUGCUGUCUAUGUGAAUCCAUGUGUAUGUGGUCUCAUAGCAGUCUUACUCUUAGUAACUGCUAUGUUAUCACUUGUACUUGACAUCUGAAGUACAGGACAUCAUGCUGCAGUCAGUUUAUACCAGAAAGGUGGUCCAUGGACUAGGAAUUGCUCCUUUAGAUAUAUAGGUAAUUUUUUUUAUUUCAUUUUUAAAUUUUUUGUUUCUGUAUUUAUUUUGGUUUUUUUUUAAUUCAAGAAAUGCUUUGCUCACCCAAUGCUACAGCUUCCAUGUAGAUAAAAGAGGGCGCACAGACAAUUUCGUAGACAGCAAUCUCAUAUCAUUUCAAAAUACUGAGGAAAAAAAAAGGUCCAGCAUCACCUGAAAUAAAACAUUUUCUUUAUUUCACUUUUAUUUCACUAUGCAUUUUGAGAACCUUCAAGAACCAUGAAAAGGAUUUAUCAUUGUUUUUAGAGCUGUUUUUGUGUAUAUAUUUAUCUCACAGUUGGCGCUGCGCAGUGUCUCAGACUCUUUUUUGAGACUUUUUGGUUUACACUUUCUUUUCUUUUUUCUUUUUUAUUGUGUGUAUGAACCAGCGGUUAGGCUUUUGCAGUGGUAAUGAAUUUAUCAACUUGGACUUUUUUUUUAAAAGUCAUACAUUUUCAAGCAAAAAACACCAAAAAGUCUCAAAAAUACACCAACACAGACCUAGCUUUGAUUUUUAGUGUGUGUGUAGACCAGAAUUUCAGAUAAUGUGCACCUGCACAUUACCAGCACACAAAAAAAGGUGUCCAAAAUGCUUCACCUCCAAUGAUGAAUGCCCCCAUUUUUCUUACAUUCUGAUCAUAUUUUAAAUGAAGAAAUAAACCCAAAUUUGUAUUUAAAGUGAUGCUGGAUUUGCCAAUAUUAUGGAACCCGAGGUUUACUUGAGAUUUUCCAACUUUGCUUGGGUCUUUGUACAUGGUAUUUGUAUCCUGCGUGUCAAUUUCUGUGUUCUGUACCUUGGUCAAGUUAACCUGACAAUUCACAAACAUUGUUUAUUUCUGUUCCCUUGUACAGUCACAACAAGGCAAAGAUAUUUUUUUAAUCGCAAACCGAUGUUACUCUGAGCCAUAGAACUACUAAACCUAGUAGAAAAUUGUUUACUUGUUUCCAACAACAUAGGAUUUGUAGGUUUGCCUUUCCUCUAAGAAUCACUUCUGCGAGGUUCAUACUGAUAUUUACUAUUCCAGCUCUGCAUCCAAGUAAGCAAGCUUCACCAAGCGCCAUGUUCCCUAAUGUAUGUACCAGCAUGAUGUGUGGAUUCAAAAACUCUCAUUAUUUUUUUGUCUGUUGGAGUGGACUCGUCAAUGACCGGGGGCUAUGUAUGUCCUCACUAGAGAUAUGUUAGUGAUCAGUGCUAAGAUGGAGGCCUACUCAAAAUGUAUGUAGACGUGACUGAUACCCAUCACUGGACUUAACCAUUCUGCGAAACAUUCUGUUCCGAGAAGUAAAGAGCCAUUAAGAAGCUGGAAUCUUCCAUUAUGAAAAUAUUAGCGUGUGGUUAUAAAACCCUUUAAGUGCAAGGAAUACUGCUGGCCUAAUGUUUAGGUCAGUCACCCUACUUGUGGUCAGCCAGACCUGCCUGCUUCUUGUUUAAGUGUUACAGUUGUGAACCCAUUGUCCUGUAUGCUAACGCUAAAUGUGUCCAGUUGCCAAACAAACCCAACCUUUCUACAGAUGUUUCAUAAGCCGGUGCUGUGUGUACAAUUGUGAAAGGGCAUGCUCUAUGUCACAUGACCGUAUGUACAUGAAAGUAUCCCAUGUGUAUAAGUUUUCCCAACAAACAUCCAUUUUACUUGUAAUUAAACACAAAGAUAUUUAAUGAAGAGCAAACUGAGAAAAGAGUAUUUUUCCUUCUGCUAUAUACAAAUAAAGAUUGAUACUAUAAUGA